AUGAAGUCUCGUGUGCCACUGGUUUUAUUAGCCUGCGGAUCCUUCAAUCCCAUCACCAACCAGCACAUGAGGUUGUUUGAAUUGGCCAGGGACCACAUGCACAGCACAGGCCAUUACCAAGUGGUGGGUGGCAUCGUUUCACCUGUGAGUGACAGCUAUGGCAAACAAGGCCUGGUGCUGGCAAAGCACAGAAUUGCCAUGGCCAAAUUGGCGCUUCAAAGCUCCAACUGGGUCAAAGUCGACGAAUGGGAGAGCCAGCAGCCCGACUGGACUGAAACUGUGGUCACUAUGAGGUAUCACUAUGGUCGUAUUUUAAAGGAGUAUGAACAGAGGAUGCAUGAAGACUCCAUUGGAAGCAGUAGUUCCUCCCAAAGCACACCCCCACAGUUGAAGUUGCUCUGCGGAGCCGAUUUCCUGGACACCUUCAAGAUUCCGGGACUGUGGCGCGACGACCACAUUCAGGAAGUGGUCGGCCGUUUCGGCCUGGUGUGCGUUAGUCGAGGGGGGCUGCAACCCGAGCGGCUCGUGCACGAGUCGGACGCCCUUUGGUGCCACCGACAAAACAUCUUUCAAGUGAAAGAGUGGGUCAGGAACGAGACCAGCGCAACAGAGGUCCGACGGGCUCUGAGACGGGGAAUGAGCGUCAAAUACCUGAUCUCGGACUCUGUGAUAGAAUACAUUAAGCAGCACAACCUCUACACUGAAGACAGCGAGAGGAGAAAUGAGGGCACAACUCUCAGGCCGCUCGCCAAACAAGCUCAGCGGCCGCCGGAGAGUCUGGACGACUGA